CGAAUCGGUAGUUGGGACACUUUAAUGUGGACAUUGGCUCCGAUAAUGCCACGCCCCAGCACGUUCAGGCGGCAGACAGGCACCUCCGCAUACGACGGAUCCCGCGUUUCGCACUUAAUGUUCGUGUGGCGUGUCCUGAUGCCGCCGAAGGCCGCCAUUAGAGCCCCUGCCAGGAGCACCGAUAUCAGUGGGAACUUCAUGGGUAAAGCGUUGCUCCCAAAAUGAAUGCUUCCGAUCGCAGGGAGGUAUCAAUUAGCCCGUUGUAAAAUCAUUAGUAACGAAUCGUGAUCGUUGAACUGUCACUAAACGCAGCCACUAUCUGGUUCUCUCAGGCGAGGGCGAUACGAAAUGUUUCUAUUUUAUUAUUCUCCUUCGAAGUCAAUACACUGUUCAAGGCGAUGCUCCCACCUAUUCAGCCCCUACAAAUGGGUGCUUACAACGGGUAUCUUCUUUUGAGGAAUAUACAUAUCUUCCGCUUCGAUCUAGAAAGAGAUUCAGAGCGUAGUUCAUGGAGGGAAACAUUUCGGACCGCCCUCGUAUGUACAUAUGUAUGUAUUACCCAUCUUUCUCUGGCAUUGGCAUAAUCUGUCAGCAGCACUUAACCCACACAUAACUCAGGAGAGAGGAGUGUCACGCGGGCAGCGCCGCAGACAUUAAUUUUCAAUUUUCAGCUAUUUUUAGGGCCCGCUCAGUCUCUGCUCUUCCGACACCUAGGUCACAGCUGUUGAACUUCCGCCUUGGCUUCCCUGCUAAUUUCUGUUUAAUUAUAACAAAAAUACUGGAUAUACAGAAUGCGUAGAACAGAACUUGAGUUGUUUCGAAAGUUUUUCCGACUUUUCCACUCGAAUCCUUGACUCUGACUCCAGGGCACAUCCCACAGGACUCUCUGGACAGCUGUUCUCUGGGACAUCUGUCAGGCGGGGGAGUAGUGGUGGGGGGAUGCUAUCCGAUCUGAUCUCCUUAUAUGCACACAAACGCUAAAGAACUAUUCAAAACAUGCUCCAGCGAUUGUAAAAUUGGAAAAAACUCCCCAUUCGAGUGGAAUUUGAGGGGAACUUCCUGUGGAGGGGGCACGGCAUAUGCUUUCGAUAAAUCAUAAAUUUAUAUUCUUCAGCUCCAGUUCUUUGACACUACGUCCCUCCGUUCUCCAAAAACGAAACAUCAAACGAACAUUCGGUGGGGAGAGGCAUGCGGCAUGGGGCGUGGGGCAUGGCAUAGCAGCCGACUGUGAAAUUCAUAGAUCAAUUUGAAAAUUUAACAACUGGCCAUUAGCACUGUGGAGAACCAUUUCUCAUUUCCCCCAUCGGAGGGAGGGCCAUAAAAUAUGGAAAAUGGAAUUAAAUCCGUAUUUUUACAGUCCGGGGAUUACGGUUUGUCAAAGCGCAUGGAAAACAAGUAGAGAGGAAAACAACCCCUUGCAGGGGGAUGAAUGUAGACUAAAAAGUAAAGGAAAAUGCAGUACAGUAUUUGAUCUGAUUUGGGGGCCAUUGUUCCUUCCACCGAGCCAAAACUGGGAGCUCGAGAUCCAGCGCGAUGUCCAGAAUUGGGUCCAUGAGCAGAGGGAGGGGACUCGCGAGGAAAAACGGCAACGGAUCGCCUGCGGGGGACUACACGAUGUGUGAAGGGCCGAGAAACGAGAACGCUUGUGUGUUUGUGAUAUGUGCAUGUAAAAAGAGCGAUAGAGAGAGAUGCAACAAGAGAGCACGACGAGUCAGUUGGCUUCGAUCGAUACAAAACCGAUGUCGUUGGUCGACGCGGUGGGGAGGGGGGGGGGGGGGGGGGGGGGGGGCGGUCCAAGACGGUGUCGGCUUGCAUGAGCUAGAAUCCAAGACGAAGUCCAACGGCAGGCAGGCCGAGCCGAAGCUUCGACAAGAACGCGACAGCUCGAGAGAGCGAGAGCGAAAGCGAAGGAAGGAAAGAAAGGCGCGAGAUGAGAUAAAGACAAGAGAGAACAGCCGCCUGGGCUGCUGCUGUGUGCGAGAAUAUAAAUAUACAUAUGUACAAAAGCAGGUACAUAUGCGGAUGACCAUGUGGUACGUUGGACAAUAAUAGCGAUUUACCAUACUGCUCCGUAAUCAGUAUGGCUAUAAUCGAUCAAUUAUUCAGGCCAUUGCCUGCGCAACCAAACAAUGUUUUUAAUAGGUUUUUUGGUUAUUAAUUUAAACGGGUACCUGAAUGGUUAGAUAUCCGAUCGAAGGGCGUUUAGUGACAGUUCAACGAUCACGAUUCGUUACUAAUGAUUUUGCAACGGGUCAAUUGAUACCUCCCUGCGAUCGGAUGCAUUCAUUUUGGGAGCAACGCUUUACCCAUGAGGUUCCCACUGAUAUCGGUGCUCCUGGUGGGGGCUCUAAUGGCUGCUUUCGGGGACAUCAGGACACGCCAAACGAACAUUAAAUGCGAAACGCGGGAUCCAUCGUAUGCGAAGGCGCUUGUCUGCCGCCUGAAGGUGCUGGGGCGUGGCAUUAUCGGUGCCAAUAUCCACGUGAAAUUGCUCAAACUUCCAGUUCGGAAGAUAUCCAUCAAUUUCAGUGUCUUUCAAAAGCUCUCCGGCUACCAUCCGUUCCUGUUCAACGUCACCGCGGACCUUUGCCACUACAUGGAGCACCCGAAUCCCCUCAACGUCUUCUACUACUUCUACGGGGCCCUGCGGCCCUUCAUCAACGUGAACCACACUUGCCCCAUCAACCACGAUAUUAUCCUGAAAGACUUUGUUCUGGAUGAUCAAAUGUUCGCCAAAGUCCCUCUACCCAAGGGCAGCUACAUGUUCGAGAUCAAAAUAAUCAGCGAGGGUGUGUGGAGGGGGACCAUUUACUCCUACAUGGAUAUUAAUGUGGAUGAUAAACCCCGUAUUAAGUCGGGCUAAGAUUUGCUAUGAGACUCUCGACUCUCUCUCUUUCUCUCUCUCUCUCUCUCAGCUGGAUGUUGCACCCACCCUCCAUCUGUUGGGGGUGGAACAGGGACUAAGGGUUGAGGUUUGAGGGUUGCACCUUUCCCUGCUAAAAAUAGAAUAAAAUCUCAUUAAGAUCAGUAACAAACUCAAUAAAAUCCAUAAAAUCCUUAGAUUUGAGAGGGUGCGACACCCAGAGGUCAGGGACAACGACACUGAUUAAACAGAGAUAUAGUAGGUCAGGAAACGAUUGAGUUCUAGAAAUAUUAGUGGCACUCGAGUGGAUUCUGAAAGGUGCAAUCGAUUAAGCGGUAUUUGAGUAUCAUUUGAAAUGUAUCAUGAAAAUGUGCCACCCUGAGGUUUGCCCAGAUAUCCUUGGCUGGGAGAGACACCAGUAGCCGGCAAAAGAAACUUAAGGAUGCAGAUACUCGUCUGUGGUCCUACUCGGUUCCACUUCUACUCCGAAUUAAUCGCAGUUCCUUCGAUAAGUAAUGCGCAAAAACUUUGAACAAAAGAUACGAAUUUAUUUCCUGAUGCCACAUUCGCACACAAACCAGAAACCAAAUGGAGAAAAUUCGUUGCAAGGGGGUGAAAACUCUGCUGUUUUUCUUUGCUUUUCCAACUGCAAAUCGGUUUUUCCUACCCCCCGCUCGGACAGCCUCCCUGGGCUGACAGAACCGAUGCGUAAUAACACUGUCCAACAAAAGGUUCGAGUGUAAAGCAGCGGUGGGCGGGCGUUCUUUGUGCCGAGUUGUGCCCACGACAUGUUUGUUGUUCUUGGACUGUUCUUGGGCAUUCGAGACAUUUAUUAGAUUAAAGUGAAUAAACGCUGAAAAAAGAUGUUUGUUUCCCACAAAACAUCGAUGUAUCUAUCGAAAAGGACUAUCGGAAGAGGAUUCUAGUCGGUGGAGGAGGAUGCCUCUGAUGCGUGUGAGGCUGCACAGUGUACAUUUCUUGUCCUCCCUCUGGCAUGCCUGGGGGGGAGGGGGUGGUGGGUGGGUGCCUGGCUACAUUUACAAUUUCAUAAUGCAAAAGUUGCGCAGAGCAACAAGCCGGCAACCGUUGUCGUAGCCAGGAUGCCAAAGGACAAAGCAAAGGCAACGCCGGCAGCGGAAAAGCGACCAACUUAGCCCCAGCUUAGUGACUUUUCCCCGUCGGGCGGGAAGGGGUGGUGGAGGGGGGGAGCGUGGGAGACACUGUUAAGGAGCCCCAGCAUGUGGCCAAAGUCAUUUGCCAGAACAAGUGAAAAAUGCCGCUCAGAAACCAAUGAACUUUGUGCGGGGAGGGCCCGGGGUCGGGGCGGAAGCGACAGGGCGGCCAUUUUGUUAGACAACAGUGUCGGCCAUUUUGCAAAUAAGACGGAACGGGUGGGGAGGGGAAGAGACUGCCACAUCAUGUGUCAAAUUAAAGCCCCAACGAAAUGAUGUAUGGCGAGGCAGAGGUAAAUUUCCCAGGUGACCACGCCCCGUAAAACCCAUUUGAUUGCCGCAAUUAAAUGCGGGGGCUACGGAUUUCCAUUUCCAGUGCCAGUAGCGGUACCACACCCAGGACUCCGAAUUCCCUAUUGACUUGUGCCCUCGUCGUGGCGGUCAUGCAAACUACUCGUUUGUAUUCGCUUAAACUCGAAUGGUCUUUGGGGCUUGUGCUCGUACCCGUGUGGCGAAUAAAAUUGACCAGCAAUCAACUCUUUUACGGCCCCGACUUGUUGCCGUAGAACCCACCAACCAUACAGCUGUACCUUCAGGUGCAACCAAGAUACAUAUCGAUGCAUAUAGAUACUCUCUUGAGUACGCUCUUCUGCUUCCUCGGAACCGCCUUCGAUAUCUGGAAAGUGGUAUAUCUUUUGAGCUUUCUGUUGAAAUCUACAGAGACUCUGAUUCCGCCUGGAAUCAAGUCCAGCGCCAUUAUGAUGGCUAUCUUUUCGUCCUUCUACGAAGGUGAUUACCUUCUUGGGCUGGAUCUCUUGUGUCUUCAAUCGCGCUGGAAGGCUGGAAGGAUGGAGAUAUUGAAGGCUUCUAGCCCACAAAGAAGCCUAUUGGGUCCUGAGGGACGUCGGCAUAAAUAUCAGAUCAGACAUAUAGAUGUCUAAGAACUAUAGAUUGAUGCAAAUCCAAGGAUGACUGACUGCAAACCGUCUUUGAUGUGUUCUCAGAGAGCAGUCUUUCAGCCUAGGCAGGCUUGACUGUACAGCGCCUGCCUCCAGCCAAGUUAAUGACCGAUAGCCUGCCCGACUGCCUGGCGACACUCUGACCGGACAGUCGUCGUAGUUUCUGUGUCUGUGGCUGUAUCUGUGUGUCUUUGUCGCUUUAAUUAAAACAUCACGUAGGAACACACACACCGCACACCGCACGCCGCACACUCGCGUGCUGCUUCGCUCGUGAGGCAUUGGGCGGCAAACUAUGUAAAGGGGGUCUCUCUAUAUCUAGUCUCUGGUAAGCCGCUUAAGUUGCCCCUUCCACACAUACGUUUAGGCUUCCCUUUGCCUUUGCCUUUGCCUUCCCCCUUCCGAAUCGUGUGUCGCGUAAUUAUGCUAAAGCCCUGCCCCGCCCCGCCCCCGCCUGCCUGCCCCGACAAUCUUAUCGCUGGGAGAUCAGAGAGCCCCUCCGAAGGCCUGCAAAUUGAUUUAUAAUUUCCAUUUCCAUUGGCAGCUGCUCUUUGACACAGUUUUGAUACAGUUAUCAGCAGCGGCUAUCGUCGUCGCUUCGGGGUGGCGGCAGCAGGUACAGCUUUUGUACCGCCCCAAAAUGUUGCAUAUCCAUCAGUGUGUGUGUGUGGUACCCACAUCAUAUCUUAUCGGGCCUGUAAUCGAACACUCU